UCAUAUUCAAAGGUCAUGAUCAUCAAUGAAACACGAUUAUUUAAGAGAACAUGAACGGUUAAGAUCAUUCUAAGGAUACAAUCAGGUGGAAACCUGCCAACGUACGGUACCCCACCCUAUCAAAACCCCACGUAUGGUUGGUUACUUCAGUUAUUCGCGGACUACAAUACGAGGAAUUCAUGAUUCAAAAAAGUAAAAAAUCCGCGCAAUCGCAGAAAUAAAUGACGCUUCUCUCCAGCCGUUGAAAACGGUGUCCACGGCCCUCUCUCUCUUUCGUCCGUUUCUCACCUUCUCCUAUUCCACGCGAUUUCUACUCUAACCAUACAAGUCUACUGUCUGCACAGUCAUCUCCACCUCUUUCUCGUUUCAUAUUCUUUUUCCUUCGAUCCAGUAUUUUCAAUAUCCCAUUUCACUUUAAUCUCGAUCCCCGCCGUCUCAUUUCCACUCCAUUUCCUUCAAAAAGCGUCACCUUUCCGUCAGAUCUACGCCUCCAGAUCUAGUACUUCUCUCAUUCUCCUCCGUUCUUCCUCCUCCAUUUCCCAAUUUCUCUCCAGAUUUCUUCAGUUUCCUCAGAUCUAGGGUUUCCAGAUCCCGUUUCUGGAAUCAGAUCCACGUUUCUUGCAUUGUGGCCACGGAUCUGUCUCUUUUGUAGCUGAUUUUAUCUGUUAAUUUCAUUGGUUUUGGGAGAUCUGCCAUGGAAGGAUUGGGUAGGCUGUGUGUCUUUCUGGCACUGCUUUCGUUGUUUUCAGAUCGUGCUUUCUCUGCAAGUUCGCCUUCGCCUGCUCCUUCUCCCCAUAGCGGAGACGAUUUACCGCCUUCGCCAUCUCCUCCAGAAGCUCCGUCUUCUGCACCGUCGAUCGUCAGUCCUCCCCACGAAGCUCCUUCAUCUCAACCAUCGAUCGAGCCGCAAUCUCCAUCGUCCGAGAAUUCUCCCCCGGCACCACCACCGUCUAACGAGAACGCCCCUGGUUCGUCGCCGUCGCAGGACAGCAGCAAUAUCAAAAGCGGCAAUGGCGAUGGCGAGGAAUCGGAAGGAUCGGGGUCGGACGGCGGAUUGAAGACCGGGCAGAAGGCCGGGAUCGCGAUCGGAGUCAUCGUCGGGGCGGGCAUUGUCGGGGUGGGCGGAUUCGUGUACAAGAAGCGGCAGGACAAUAUCCGGCGAUCGCAGUACGGGUAUGCGGCGAGGCGGGAGCUGCUCUGAGAUAUCGAUAUAUUCUAGGGUUUUGGAGAGGAAGAUUCGUUUGAUUCUUUUCUGGUAUGGAUUUUCUGGGUUUUUCCUUCUCCAUCUCUCUCUCUCUCUCUCUCUCUCUCUCUCUCUCUCUCAGCAAUUGGAAUUCACAUUUCUCUAAUUCUUUUCUUCUUCUUCUUUUUUUGCAUUUUUCAGAUUUUUAUUAGGAUUUUGGCGAUAGGGUUUCUUGUAAUCCUCUGUUCUUCGCCUUUAAAAAAAUAUAUUAGUCCUCUGUUCGUCUAUAAAAUGAGGUUUUAAUCCUUCUAUAAAAUGUGGUUUUAGUUCA